AUGCAAGAGGAAACAUUGCAAAACCUAUGGAAGGUCGCCCAGGGUAAAUGGGAAUCGGGCGUCCUUCCCAGCGCCGAGAACUUGGCUCGAGCCCGGGCUUCUCUGCCCAAUAUCCUUCCAAAUACCGGUGCCAGCCUUGAUUCGGUUCAACAACAUAUUCUGAACGAUAUAGUGCCGGCCUUCAAUGGAGGCAGCCUCAGUCCCAACUACUAUGGAUUUAUUACGGGUGGAGCCACUCCAGCAGCACUUUUCGCAGAUAACGUCGUAUCUACUUACGACCAAAAUGUCCAAGUUCACCUGUCAAAUCACUCGAUUGUCACGGAUGUCGAGUUUCAUGCACUCGGUCUGCUUGCAGACCUCUUUCGCCUGGACCGUGCUGCAUGGCACAAUGGGACUUUUACCACCGGUGCCACAGCAAGUAACAUUCUCGGCCUUGCCCUUGGACGUGAGUUCAUUCUCCAGAAAGCUGCCGAAAUGAAAGGAAGCCCUGUGCGCAGUGUUGGAGAGGAAGGCCUGUUCGAGGUUCUUCACGAACUCGACCUUUCCGGCGUCCAAGUACUGUCAACACUACCUCAUUCUUCUCUAGUCAAGGCUGCAGGUGUACUUGGCAUUGGACGCGCCAAUGUUCGAAACAUCUGCCGUGCAGAUAACCCACUUCAUUUCGAUAUGGAUCAAUUGGAGAAAGAACUUGCGCGAACAGACAAAGUCAGUAUUGUCGCUAUAUCCUGCGGCGAGGUUAAUACUGGCCGGUUCGCUACAUCUGGGAUGGAGCAGUUGGCAAACAUUCGUCAGCUGUGUGACAAGUACGGCGCUUGGAUUCAUGCCGACGGUGCCUUCGGAAUUUUUAGCCGAGUAUUAGAUGACAGCCCGGAAUUUGCAACGGUCAAGAAGGGAGGCCAAGGCAUAGAACUGGUGGACUCCAUCACCGGCGAUGGCCACAAGCUGCUCAACGUGCCUUAUGACUGCGGAUUCUUCUUUUGCCGACAUCCCGGCUUGGCUUUCCAAGUUUUCCAGAAUGCGAAUGCAGCCUACCUUACUGCCGCAGCUUCUGAUGGGCCCUCUAUCCCGUCUCCUUUGAAUAUUGGAAUUGAAAAUUCUCGCCGGUUCAGGGCACUCCCCGUGUACGCGUCUCUGCUUUCAUACGGCAAGCAUGGAUUUCGAGACAUGCUAGAGCGCCAAGUUCGACUCGCUCGUGCCAUUUAUGACUGGGUCUUUGAACACCCGGCGUAUAUUGCUCUACCACUGACGACUUCCAAGACCGAACUCUUGGACCAGUCCUUCAUGAGUGUUUUGUUCCGUGCCAAGGACGAUAUUUUGAAUUGCGAGCUGGCAAAGAAAAUCAACGACACUGGCCGGAUGUUUGUCUCGGGAACCAGCUGGGAUGGUGCACCUGCCUGUCGAAUUGCGAUCUCUAACUGGAGAGUCGAUGUUGAGAGAGAUGUGACCUUGGUGACGGGCGUUUUGGCCGAGGUAUCCCAGAUCUAA